AUGCCCUCGCCCCCAUCCUCGCCGCGGAGGGUAAGUGGGAACCCCCCCGCAAUCAAGAUCGUGCCGGACAAUGUGUUCCAGAUCCAGCAGGCCGUUUGCGAGUGGAGCGAUAGUGCCAAUUGGUAUAACCUGAUUCUGCUCAGCGGAGGAACUGGUUUUGCUAUCAAGGAUAACACUCCUGAAGCGGUCUCUCCCCUGAUUCAUCGUCAUGCCCCAGGCCUAGUCCAUGGCAUGAUUGCCGCUUCGCUGAAAGUAACCCCAUGUGAGAUGACAUCACCCUACCCUCCUUGGCAAUUCGUUUGGGAAAUCCCAAGACAUUUGGAAGCCUAUACUAGUUGGAGCCCAAUUGCUGGAGUCCGAGACAAAUCAUUGAUCAUCACCUUACCAGGAUCUCCCAAAGGAGCCAUAGAAAACCUCGAAGCCGUUGUUAAGCUUCUACCACACGCUUGUUUACAAUCAGCCGGCGCCAAUUCACGCAAUAUGCACGCUGCCGGUCUUAAGAGCCUCGAGGCGGAGGCUGGUUCAAAUGACCCUUCUGCUGGUCCUAACCGGAGGUACCGGUCAUCACCUUACCCGAUGCUCUCUGUAGAGGAAGCCCUCAUGCAGAUCAGCGAGCACACUCCCGAGCCUAUUAUCGUCGACGCCCCAGUGAACACGGCCAUUGUGGGAUCUGUCGUGGCUGAAGAUGUUUAUGCAGCAGAGUCAGUCCCAGCAUACAAAGCCAGUAUCGUCGACGGCUACGCCGUCAUUGCCCCAGACUCUACGAACAACGCCCCGAGUACGAAAGGCGUUUUCCCUGUAGCAUCGAUCACUCACGCAAACGUCGGCGGAUCCCUAAAGCCCCUCCAGCCAGGCACCAUCGCUAGAAUUACCACUGGGGCCCCUCUACCUCCCAACGCGAAUGCCGUAGUCAUGGUCGAAGACACUGACUUGGUCUCCUCCACCGCUGAUGGAACCGAAGAAGCCACCGUCGAGAUACUGACCGGAGAUAUCGAGCCUGGCGAGAAUGUCCGCGAGCCCGGCAGCGACGUCCGCCUCGGCGAGAAAAUUCUCACUCGCGGAGAUAUCAUCUCACCCGCCGGUGGUGAGAUAGGGCUACUCGCCUCAACCGGUAUCAGAACAGUCAAGGUCUUUAGAAAGCCUCGAGUCGGCGUCCUAAGCACAGGUGAUGAACUUGUGGAACACGACGACCCAUGCACACUCACUGGCGGCCAGAUCCGCGACUCCAACCGACCCUCACUUCUCUCCUGUCUAUCCUCCUGGGGUUUCCCAACCGUGGACCUGGGAAUCGCGCGCGAUACACCAGCCAGCGAGCUCGAGCAUGCCCUACGAGACUCCCUUCGCGGCGUAGGCCGUGCCUCAUCCAGCGUGGACGUGAUAGUGACUACUGGCGGCGUCUCAAUGGGCGAGCUGGACCUUCUCAAACCAACCAUCGAACGCACUCUCGGCGGCACAAUACACUUCGGCCGCGUCUCCAUGAAACCCGGCAAGCCGACCACUUUCGCAACAAUCCCAUUUAAAGAAGCAGGCGACGGCAACACACAGCAAGAACGCAAAUCAAAACUCAUCUUCUCCCUCCCCGGCAACCCGGCGUCAGCCCUGGUAACUCUCAAUCUAUUCGUCCUGCCAUCGCUGCACAAGCUCUGCGGUCUGGGCGAGAGCUCGCGAGCACUCAGCACAAAGCCCUGGCUGGCACCACAACUCGGCCUGCCCCGCGUAGCCGUGGUUCUGACACACCACUUCCCACUCGAUCCCAAGCGCACGGAGUACCACCGUGCUGUCGUAACCGGAUCACGCUCGGAUGGCCGACUAUAUGCUACCAGUACCGGCGUCGAGGGCGUGGGACAACGAAGUUCGCGCGUCGGUAGUCUCGCCAGCGCAAAUGCACUGGUUGUACUGCGUCCCGGCCGUGGAGUCGGUAUCAAAGGCGAGAUUGUGGAAGCGUUGAUGAUGGGCAGUGUUUACGGUUCGGAUACUCGACUCAUUUGCUAA